AUGCUAAUCCACCGCAUUUCUUGCGAUCGCGAGGAAAAUCGUCCCAGGAUUCUGCCUCCGGGCUAUGUGGUGGAGUUGAUGCUGACUUUGGAAGCAAUUGUGGACAGCCUGGAUGCCGCUGAAGAUCGACUGGAGUGGCAGGCACCUCCGGGUCCACAAACAUCACUUUCGGUCAAGGACGAAAGCAGCAAACCCCCUGUGGGUGCACACGGGUUGACUUCUCGGUCUCGUGCAACGUCUGCAAUUACGUCGUCUGCUAGUGCGGGGCAAAAUGCUGGCAAUCACGUGCGCUCCACCAGCUAUUCCGUUUCCUACAGCUCAAAAAAGCCUGCACCCGGUUCACCAACUUGCGAACACAGAGAUGUCAGGACCAGAGGUUCAGCGGAGGGAGUUGAACCAGGACGAGUCGGCGUGAGAGGCUUUUCACAAGCGAAUUCAGCUCCGGGAUCCUCUGCCACGAAUUUGUCUCGGUCGCGAUCCGCACAGUCUUUGAGAGCAAUAGGAGCUGGAUUUGAUGCCACUUCUUCGCAAGAAGAUAAACUGACGAUCAUGGCUCAGCUCUUUUGCAUUGCAAUUUCCUUGUUGGAGUCUGAUUACGAGCACGAGUUCCUUCUCGCUUUGAGACUUAUUGACAAGGUUUCUGAACGAUUCGACUUGGAGAAGCCGGAAUGCCGAGACCGAGUUGAUAGACUCAUUAGGCAAAUGAGGUGGCCUUCGUUUCCCGGCGUGCAUUCCUUGUUGCUGAAGGGAUUGACGAAUCCGUCAACCUAUGAGCAAUCUUUGCGCAUGAUUUCUCAAAUGACGACCGCCUUGGAUUUGCAUGUGAUUGAUCCAUCGCAAACAGUGGCAUUUCCACUGAACGUCGUAGCUUUGUUGCCUUACAUGCUGCAUCACUAUGAGGAUGCAAAUGAGCUUUGCGUUAGAAGUGCUGACAAAAUUGCAGAGAUCUGUACGGAGAAAAGUGCGAAGCUGGAAAAUUUGGCUACUGUGAUGACGCUGUACAGCCGGCGAACGUUCAGCAAGGAAAGUUUCCAGUGGACGAAAUGUGUCGUGAAAUAUCUUCACGAUGCUUAUUCUCAUCUUUCCCCAACGAUCAUAUCAUUCCUUGUUGAGGUUUUAGAUCAUGGUCCGUUGCUGGUCCACGCUCCGAUUUUAUCCAUCCUACACUGCCUGCUGCAUUAUGUGGACAUUCAUGCGCAAAAGAGUCAAAUAUUGAAUAUUGAUUUGCUGCGACCGGUUGCGAAGUUUCUGGAGAGCAAUAACUGGAAGGAAGCUCUGAAAAUUCUGCGAUUGGUCGUGACGCGGUCAUCGUCCUUGGUUGUUCCACCAUCUCAUCAACUUCAGUCGCAGUCCUCUUCUUGGGGUUUCAUGCCUUCAUCGAACUCCCUUGGGUUCACGAUACCAAACGUGCACCGAUCGAAUUACACCGAGGGAUCGUCGGCGUAUAAGAAGGAACUUCCUGGUCGUACCAUGGAAUUUUCCUUCGAUAUGAGUCUGACGCCGAUUAUCGCCAAAAAAUUCCCUGCAGUCCCUUCGUCGAGUGGACCUCCUCCUUACAGUCUUAAGGACCCGAUUGAUGCGAAUGGCGAUAGAACCAAGCACAAACGCGAAGAUGGGUCCUUAACCCCGAAAAGAUCCCCCUCGCAAACUGCGACAGAUUCAGUUAUUGUCCCUGGCUGGAAACGACCGUACAUGUCACAGGCACGAACGAGGGAGAAGUUGGUGAAUUUGCUGACAUCUUGCGGCCAACGCAUCGGACUUCCAAAAAGCCCUUCGGUGAUCUUCAGUCAAACCUCGGAGGUGAUCGAGCAUCCCAUGAGCAGCAUGGCCUCAUCCAUGGAAGAGGUGUCUCCGCACGAUGGUUCCAUUGGUGGCGGUGGAGGUGGUCGUGAUGGCGCCGCUAGUUCCGAUGGAAAGCUGGGUGAAGAGUCUAGCUCAGAUGCGCAGUUCACCGUUUUCAAGGACUUCGAUUUUCUUGAAAAUGAAGAAAGCGGAGGCGAAAGCGAGGACAACUUCAAUUGGGGCGUGAAGCGCAGCACGUUGGAUCUUCGGGGCGGUGCGUCGGGUUCGUUGGGUGAUCCGAAGGAAACUCCGCCUACAUCAGAACGGUCAUCGCAGCCGAAUUCCGAAAGCGUCCUUCAGCCGCACUCUGUUGCGAGUGACGAUGUGGUGACUGCGCAUGCCCGCGGCGCCGGUUCCGGUGCCAGCGCCGCCACGGCAGAUGGUCGUGAUGGCGCCGCUAGUUCCGAUGGAAAGCUGGGUGAAGAGUCUAGCUCAGAUGCGCAGUUCACCGUUUUCAAGGACUUCGAUUUUCUUGAAAAUGAAGAAAGCGGAGGCGAAAGCGAGGACAACUUCAAUUGGGGCGUGAAGCGCAGUACGUUGGAUCUUCGGGGCGGUGCGUCGGGUUCGUUGGGUGAUCCGAAGGAAACUCCCCCUACAUCAGAACGGUCAUCGCAGCCGAAUUCCGAAAGCGUCCUUCAGCCGCACUCUGUUGCGAGUGACGAUGUGGUGACUGCGCAUGCCCGCGGCGCCGGUUCCGGUGCCAGCGCCGCCACGGCAGCCGAUGAUUAUCCAUCUUCGGAGGAAGAAACCGGGGGCUCAGUAUCGCCUUUGGAACACUUGUCCAGAUUGAGUGAAGGGGGAGGAAGAAGGAGCAGAGUAGGAGCGACACCAACUGGACCCACAGGAAAAGCCAGUACCAGCAAACCUCCGCCAUCCAGUUUAGUAAUUGGUCACGGGAGGAGAAGGCGGCGGCAAUCGCAGGAUUCAGAUUCGUCAUAUGUGCACAGCAGCAGUGAUGGUGACGCAGGCGACCUGACGCCAUGCAACGCGUCACCUUGUCUUUCCUCCAUCCUCUCGCCUCACGUGCAGGCGGAAGGAGCGCCUCCACCGCCGCCAUUGUCAAUGUCCACAUCUUCGGCGUCCGAAAAUCUAUCUGUCGUUGUUCCACCUACAGCGAGCAUGAAGGCGAGUCCUGAAAGUGGCGGGAAAUCUUCCGUUGAGUUGAUAGAACCGAAACAGCCAGAGCCUGAAUUACUUGGUGACACUCCGAUGAGACACCAGCAAUGGGUUGAGAGUGAGUGGAGAAACCUGGUCACUUCGCUGACGAUUCCGAUGGCUUCCAGGGAUUUCCAAGCCAAGCCCGUUUUGAUUGCGGCAACUCCCCUGAGAUUUACUCAGCUGUAUAAGAGUUUGGGAGUCGGUCUUGGAAGCCUUGUACAAAUGGCCUGUGAUUUAUUGGCGAGCGAAUCUCCGGACCCGUGGCUGAGUCCCUUGUUAAUUCAGUUGGGGAAUUUAAGCCACACGCUGACGCAUACGCAUCCUCCAUUCCUUUGGCUAGAUUCUUGGUCUGUGUCUUCUAAUGCGCCGGCUUCUGUCUUGGACAUGGCGAAGUUCAACGUUUUGGAGAUUCAUGAACAUUUUGAAACGUUUCUUGACAAACGCGAACACGCGAUCGAGUGUCUGGAAGGGGUUCGAAGUAGUUUGAAGCUUCAAGCUCUUGGCGAGGAACCGCAAAUUCCAGGAGCUUAUUUGAUUUACAUGCAAGAUCACCAGAUGGAUCUUAGCAAAGCUGUCAACCGCUUGGGAUUUCAACUCGUCUCUAUUUGGGAUUCAUUCACCAAGCUAAUUGCAUCAUUAUAUCCGUACUUGGUCCCAAAUGUGAGUUCCGUUUGUGUGCUACAAGCGCAUCAAAUUCUUGAUGUCAAAGGAUGUCCAGAAAAUUACCGAGCAGCGAAAGUCAGCAUUUUUAUUGAUUUCCAAUUCUUGAAUGAGCUUAUUCCCCUAGAAAAGGGAAUCAAAUCUUUUUCGCUUUACACGCGUCGCUACCUUCGACGCCUUAGGCCUCAUCCCAAAGGCCUAAAACUGACCUGCCUGCUUCCCUUCGCCUCGGAACAAAGAGCCUCGGAUGCGGAGUGCUCUGAAUCUGAGGCUGAGCAAGCAGUCCUCACGUCCCGACGUCAUCAGGAAGGAGCAAUUGGGGAAGAUUCCCUCGGGGAUUUGCUGUUGAGAAAGCAGUGGAAGAAGGCUUGGGACGAGUUCAAGUUGCAUAGAUCCGUGUUCUCCGUGGAACUGAACAACAUGGCCGAUGACAUGAUGGCUAUUUUACACAUCUAUUGCAAGGCGUACUCAACAAAAUAUAGAGGGUUAUUCUGCUUGCCGGCUGAUCUGAUAGCCCUUCAGGAGACCAUCAGUCCGCUGAAGGAAUCUCUGAUGCAUUUGAUGACAUCGCUGCGUCAGGCGGAGCAUAAUGUGGCCAGCAGUGCCGUCUCUACAUCAAGCAAGGACUCCAUGCAACGGUCGUACUGCUGAUUUGGCGAAUGCUUUACUGAUUAUUUGAUGAUGAUUGGGACUCGUACAUAAUCGAGCUUAUGUCUGUCAUCCCACAUUGGUAUUCCGAUUGAAUGUGUUGCCUGUAUUGAUUAAUGUCGAUGGAAAGCGUUUUUAUGAGUAGCUUUUUGUUUGAUGCUUUCGGAAUCUGAGUUCAAUGUGAUAAAAAUACAGAAUGUAUGUGGCUGGAAAAAA